AGCGUUCCUCACCGGCAGCCCCGAAUCUCCGUGACGAGCUCCUCUCGGCGCCGACCCACCCACCGCUGCGGUGCGGGCCGCCCUCCGGAUCCCGCCCUCGGAGGCAAAUGAGCGCCCUGACGGCGUGCCGAGCGGGCUCCCGCUGCUGGCAGAGCUGGCUCUCCCAGGUCGGCCCCGCUUCGCGGCACCGCAGCCCCCAGCGAGUAGCAGGGGCGUCCCCGGCCCGCCGCCUCUCCUCCAUGGCCGCCACCAUCCGCUUCUCACCAGCCACCCGCAGCCUCUUCGAUGAGCCGCUGGGCAUCGCCGUGCAGGGCCUCAGCCCGCGGCAGCAGGUCACCCUGCGGGCGUCCCUGCGGGACGAGGCGGGCGAGCUGUUCGAGGCCCACGCCCGGUACCAGGCGGCGGAGGACGGCGAGCUGGACCUGGCCCGCUGCCCCGCGCUGCCGGGAGGCAGCUUCAGCGGCCUGGAGCCCAUGGGGCUGCUGUGGGCGCUGCAGCCCCGCAGGGCCUUCUGGCGGCUGGUGAAGAAGGACGUGCAGACCCCUUUCCUCCUGCGGCUGGAGGUGCUGGACGGCCACGGGGAUGACCCCGGGCGGCUCCUGGCCCAGGCCCAGCACGAGCGGGCGUUCCUGCGCGACGGGGUGCGCAGGGUGCCGGUGCGAGACGGGAGGAUCAGGGCAACGCUCUUCCUGCCCCCCGGAAACGGUCCCUUUCCAGGAGUUAUUGACUUGUAUGGCACUGGAGGAGGACUCCCCGAAUACAGAGCAUGCCUGCUGGCCAACUAUGGCUAUGCUGUGCUGGCACUGGCUUUCUAUGGUUAUGAAGAUCUCCCCAAAGAGAUGAAGGAGAUCAACCUGGAAUAUUUUGAAGAAGCUGUUAACUAUAUGUUACAACACAAGCAGGUUAAAGGUCCCGGGAUUGGGUUGCUCGGUUUCUCCAAGGGGGGUGACUUAUGCAUUUCAAUGGCCUCCUUCCUGAAGGGCAUCACGGCCACCGCUGUGAUCAAUGGCUCGGUGGCGAACGUGGGCGCAGUGGUCCGCUACAAGGACGUCACCAUCCCGCCCCUCGGUGCCAACACAAAACGUAUCAAGGUCAACAAGUCUGGGAUCGGUGAUAUCAUUGAUGCACUUAACAAUCCCCUAGAAGGGCCUGACCGCCAGAGCUUUAUCCCUUUGGAGAAAGCUACGUGUCGCUUCUUGUUCGUUGUUGGCCAGGAUGAUCACAACUGGAAAAGCGAAUUCUUUGCAAUUGAGGGGAGCAAACGUUUGCAAGCUCAUGGGAAGGAAAAGCCUGAGAUAAUCUGUUAUCCUGGAGCAGGACAUUAUAUUGAACCCCCUUUUUUCCCAAUGUGUGCUGCCUCAAUGCACCUGCUGGUUGGCAUGCCUGUGAUGUGGGGUGGGGAGCCCAAGGCGCACUGUGAGGCACAGAUAGACUCCUGGCAGCAGAUCCAGGCCUUCUUCCACAGACACCUUAAUGGUGAGCCUUCCAAGACAGCCAAUAAGUUGUGAUGUGAUUUGGGUUACUGUGCAGAGGAAGAUGCUAGUGUUUCACAUUUUUUCACAUUCUGUGUUUCACAGUUGUUUUGUUAAUUGGCUCUGAAUGAGAGCAAAGAACAUCAGAGAAUAAACAGUUGGUUUUUUUUCCCAA